AUGACAGUCGCCGAUGCUCACGGUGCAGAAGCCCCUUGGACUUCAUGGCUCCGCCUCUGCUGCAUGUCCCUGGCUCCUACACAAGAGACUUCCGGCCGUAAGUCCUCGUUUACUACUAUUUCUACACACGACCUUUCGUGGCCCUUGGGCAGUUUGAGCGACGACAAGUUGCUGAUAGACCAAGACGAGAAACUUCCUCACGACGACAUCAUUUACAGCCAACCCGCUUACCAUCCCCGUCCCGUGGCUGCGCCAGAGAUGGGCUCUCAUCACCGAAAUGUGUUGGAGAAGGCUCCGCGGAGCAAUGCUGGACCCAAGAGGAGGCGCUUCCUUUCACUCUCUUCAUCUUCAUCUACACGCCGACCAAUCAUCUCGGCUCCCUCCAACUUUCAACACAUCAGUUCUUCCUCUCCCCAGAUUCCCGAACCAACACCCUCGCGAAACUCGAAGCUACGUCCCGCCAAGCCGCUGCGCCGUCGCUCGUUUCGCCCUCUCGAGUUGAGCAUCGCCAUGCCUAACAACCAGCCCUCACCCCUCCUGCCUCAUUUUGAGAUGCUCACCACGCCCGGUCUGGUGUACGACCCGAACGACUCCACCCCGUCGUAUACUUCAGACCCAGUCGAAAUGUUUUCAGAGAAAUCACCCGGCGAAAAUCAAUCUAUCGAGCAUCAGAGGAGCUUUUCGUCCACAUCGUUUCACUUCCCUCGCAAGCAACUCACCGACACCGACAGCUCUCCAUUCACGAUACACGAGGAUGAGAUUCCGCCGCUGAUUCCACCCAAGGCUCGCGGCCGAAGCCGAGCCUACACGGCGCCGAGUGUGGAUGCCAUGAAGGAACGAGUCGCCAGUGCGAUGCUCGAGGUAGAGAAGCUCCAGAAGCAGAUCGACGAAGUCAUCGAGCGACAGAGCUUGUACGCCGUCAGCAGACCAACGACGGCCCAUUCCAUGGCCAAUACGAUGCCUGGUGAGACUUUCGCCGUCUUGCCCAGCCCCGUUGCCCAUCUGCUAACCAGCCGCUCAGACCUGGAGCCGAUGCCUUCCAUCCCCGCGUUACCACCUGCGGCUCCAUCUUUUGCUGAGCGGCUCAACUCGGAGAUUGAUCGCCCACACACGGCCCCGAUCAAGCCUCAAGUUCAGGCGCAUCGCCGAGCCAAGACGGCCGGCGAUGCAUCCGCCAGCCCCCACACUCCUUCUCCUCGGGCAAGGAGGGAUGACCGACCCCUCCCGCCUCCUUUACCUCUUGUUCUACGACCCCCGCUAAGGAAGAAGAAAUCUUUUUCUCGGGUGUCAAAUUGGCUCUUCCCUGGCGCUGGUGAUGUGAGCUUCGACUCCGUCACCAACCUUCCCCGUCCGGUCACGGGCAAGGAUGGCUUCUACCAGUGUGUCUCGCGGGGCGAGUCACAAGGUCGACGCCAAAGCACAGAUUCGGUUGGAACCGUCACCACUUGGGAGACGGAUGACGACCGCACAUUCCCGUCGACUUGGUCUCCCGGCAGCACUGCGGUGACUAAGGCCGACGAGUCUCUUAUUCCUCGGGCCGCCGCUUUCGGGCGGAACGACAUCUACACUCGACGCACAAGCGUCGGGGUUGCUGUGUGA